AUGGCAUCGUCCCAAAUACGUCAGUUUGCCACUCUCAUAGAUCAGCUGCCAUGUGAAGCUGACGAUUACAGCCUCAUGGAAAAUUUCGAGGAUUACAAUAAAUGUUUUGAAAGCUCUACGCAUAGUAAUAAGAGGAAAAAGACUGAUUCCCUUUCCCCCUUUAACUCCAACUUAAGCGAUUAUAUAAAAAAUAUAUGGAAUGGUCAGGUGAACCCUAACGGGAGCAACACAAAUAAUAGGAUGAAAAACUCCAUUUCGUCAAACGAUGAAGAUAGUUCGAAUGUAGAAAAUAAAACCAAUACACAAAAUAAGAACAGUGAAGAGGAAAGUCUGAUCAGGUGCAAGGGGAACAAUUUGAACAAAAGCGAGUCCAACUCAUUCGGAAACAAUGACCCCGUAGCAUAUUUAGAUAAACAAAAUAUGCUUUACGAAAAUGAUGUAAACAUAAAUGCCAUGAACAGCUACGAUGACAAGAGCGCUCUAUUUAUCUAUGAUAAUGAUUUGACGAAAAAUGAGCAGAGCCAUUACAUCGAGACUCUGAAUAGCGAAAUGGACAACAGGGACUGCAAGGACGAGGCAAGCAGGGGGGUACCGGUGUGCAACAAAAACAUGAUUGAAAUUAUUCACUGUAACAACAAAUGCCUGACAGACGCGAAGUUCGCCAGCGACAGGAGCGGUACUAGCCACAAUGGUAGCAGCGGAGGCAAAAGUAGCUGCAACGGAAGCAGUGGGAGCAAAAGUAGCGGAAGCGGAAAUAAGAGCCAGGGAAACAGAAGCAGCGGUAACAGCAGCCGGGGAAAUAAUAGCCGUGGAAAUAGUAGCCGUGGAAAUAGCAGCCGUGGAAAUAGCAGUCGUGGAAAUAGCAGUCGUGGAAAUAGCAGUCGUGGGAAUAGCAGUCGUGGAAAUAGCAGUCGUGGCAAUACGGAUCUUCGCAAAAAGAAUGGAGACGUGUCGCUGUACAAUUUUAGCGCCCCCUUUAACGAUAAAGCGUGCCAAGAGAAUCACGAAAACAUCGUUUACAGGUACAGCCCCAACACGUUGCCCUCGAAUAAUGAUAGUUAUGGAAUUAAAAAGAAGGCCGCCAACUUUAGAAAAGGUUCCCUUCCGAACAAGGAUGAGGUGCACGAUGCAGAUCAGCCAUUGCACCGCUGUGAAAACGUUGACCGUUCAGCAGGAGAGAGAAAAAAGGAAAGUCCUCACGAUAGAUCCCCGUUAGUCCAAGAAAAAGGAGAAACUCACGAAAUAAACGAUGAAGAGAUGCAAGAACAUACAAGUAUUAACAACCCGCAGAGGGGUGAUCAGAACAGUAGCAAACGGAAGGGGAAUAAAGACGUGAAUGUAAAAAACACCAUUGGUGAAAACUCAACAGUAAUUGAAUAUAAGGACUUCUGCGAAAUGGUAAAAAAAUGUGACGAAGUUAAUAAAAAUAUUUUAUUCUCCAAAAAGGCAAAGGUAAUCAAAUUGGACGCGAACAAAUCAUUGAUUAUUUUUCCUGUGAACAUUCAUGACUAUGGAGACAAGUACAUUGCAGUGAACCAGAAGGAUCUCCUCGAGUACAUAUCAUCAUCAAUCGAAAUUGACAGCGAAGACUUAUCCGCACUAAAGAUAAAAAAUUAUCAAAAGGAAAAGGAGCUUCAAAAUAUGAAAGUAGCCUACAGUAUGCAGACAACCAACAUUCACUACCUUAUCAACAGGGUUAUAUUCAAAGAAUGUGAAUAUGAAAACUUAAAAAACAAAAGUUUGACACUGGAGCAGGAGAUAAAUAAACUAAUCCAGGAAAUUAACUCUUUAAUCAAUCAGAACAAGGAAGGAUUGUAUAUGCAGAAGGCAUUUAUUGAUUAUAAGUGCAAAUGUGUGUUGAAGUUACAAGAACUGCAACCCUUUCUAGGGGAAUACUAUUACGACAUUUUUAAUUACAUCACGUCAUGUAGAACGUUAGGACAAUUAAGCAUCUGGAUUCCGGUUUUUGAAACGAAAACGGAAUCUCUGGAAAGUAUUGCAAAUAAUUUAAUUAAAAUUAUGUUAAACGGAUUAGGUGCUCCCUUCAAUUCAUCACCUCAAUAUUUCCUGUCAAAUAAAAAAUUAUUGAAGAAGUCCAUAUCUAUAGAAUCCGAAGAAGAUAGCUUUAUUAACAAUAUAGCUAAAAGGAAAAUCAUCGAUAAUUAUUUAGUGAACCAUUUGAAUAGCAUCAACACGACAAAGGAGAAUAACUCACACUUUUCAAACUGUCAUUCAUUACGUCUGAAUAGUGAGGAAUCAUGGUCCUUCUUAGGGACAGAAGAAUUGUUCCUCAAUUCGUCCAAGUUUCCCUCCAUACAUUCAGUGGUACAAAAAAAUGGAGUCGAUAAUAACAGCAUUCGCAACAAUAGUAGUAACAAUAAUAAUGGAUGCAGGAAAAGAAACAGAAGAGAAAAUUUUCCCAACAGACUGAACAGAUCCAACACGACACCAGAGCACUUGUGUGUUAAUAACGAGUCCUACACCAUUGGUGAUGCUCGUAGUAUCAUAAAUGGGCGUGACUCUCCCGCCAGUCAUAUGCAGCACAAUGAACAUAAAAUAGACGCUGCUUUGACGCCAGAUGAAAGGCAUCCCCUUAAGCGCAAGCAGGUGGGGAGCAACUAUGACGAAAAGGACAUGAAGAAAAUCAGAUUUAUUGGUAAACAAUGCUGUAGAAAUGACCUGGCUCCUGGCACACUCUAUGGAGGCAAGGAUGAACGUAACGAGGUGGGAUUGUUCAGAAAGGGGGAAGAGUCCUCCCUGUUAGAGAAACCAUUUGGGGAAAGCAAACCCAACAGGGGUUACAAAACUGAGACGAAUGUAUACACCGAAACGAGAGACAACCUGGCGCAGGAGACAUACAGAAACGAUUGGUGCCAAAAGAUACAUGAGCACGAAUAUGAUUCGCAAAAUGAAGGAAAUGACGACGAAGAUGUGGUUGAUGCUUAUAAGACUAUGAUCGAAAGUAAGUCGGCACUCACAAGUUGGCAGAGGAGUCAAAAAGGGGGAAGCGAAAAUGAGGCGUUCGACGAUCUAAUUGAGGUGGUCCACGUAGACAAAAUGGGGGACGAAACCAUCCCCCCAAAUGUGGACGAAGAAAGGGAGAGUGCAGCUAGCAGCGUCGUAGAGGUAGCAUCCGACGAGACAGAAGUGCCCAACGAGCGAAGGGUCGGCGGGGCGGAGCCCCAAAUGUGCAUAAACAUAGACACGGACAUGGAGGCGGAAAUGGAAGCACAGGUAGAAGUGGAGGUAGACGGGGAGAUGGAAGCGGAGAUAGAAACCGAGAUGGGAGCCGAAAUGGAAACCCAAACGAGAGCCGAAAUGCAAGCCAAAAUGCAAGCGGACCUCAAAGCCCGGGCGGAUGCGUUCUUGAAUCGCCAACCAAUCCAACACAGUAGCGCUCAACCUGGCACCCACGUGAGACGAAAGAAUGAUGCAGAAUUAGAGACACCCAACAAGAGCGAAGGAGAACACCAAUUCGCGAACAAAAAGGAUACUGCUGAAGAAAAGGGAAGAGAGGUUAAAUGCGCAUCGGAUAAUCAGAAAAGAGCAGGUAAAACUAACAAGCAAAAGCAAUUCAACGAGCUGGAUAAUGCUGUCGAGGAGAGGGGCCAAGACACGAGAAAAAAAUAA